GCUAUGGAACAAACCACACCAACCGAGUAAUUGAGAAGAAAGAAAGUAAGGAUAGAAUGACAGACGCCAGGGGAAGCAGUGGUAUUUGCAGCGACAGUUGUGGCUGCCCUUCUCCGUGCCUCGGCGGCACGUCCUGCAGCUGCUAUACUACAACCGGAAUACCAAGCGCAAACGACCCGAACGUAGAGCACCAGAAAUGCGCGUGCGGGGAGCAUUGCGGGUGCAACCCUUGCACCUGCACCAAGAGAAUGACCAACGCUUCCGGCUGCAACUGCGGCGACGGUUGCACCUGUGUUUCCUGUGCUUAAAAACAUGUGUUAGCGUUACAUACAUUGUGCAUGUACCGGUAUAAAUAAAUAAAUAAAAAGUAGUGUGCAAGUAAUUAAUACUACUAAUACCCUAAUGAAAACAGGCUUAAUUAGGUGUUUAGGCCUGUUGGCCUGUGUGUGUGGUGCUUUGGGACGUUUUAGCAUCUUGUAUGUAAGGUGUGCUGGCUGUCGUCUGUGUUGUUUGUAUUACAGCGUAUAAAUAAAUGGGCG